UUUUUUUUUUGUUAGAUACAAAAUGGAAGAAAAGAAAGCAGUUAUAUUAAAACUACCAAAUGAACUAUUACAGUAUAUAUUUCAUUUAUCUUCAAUUCGGAUAAAAAGAGAAGAGCAUCAAUUUUUAGGUUGGAAUUAUCCAGAACAUAGCUAUGAAGAACUCACAUCGAUUGCUUCAUGUUGUAGGCAUUUUUAUCUACUUUGUGCCCCAUUUUUAUGGAAAGAUAAAGAAUUUAUUUUACCUUAUGAAAGUGAUGAAAAGAGUAAGAGCACUAAAAUUCAAAUGGCAACUGAUAUUUUAGCCCAUAAGGCACUCUUUCAGGAUGAUUAUCAAUUAGGAGAUUAUGUUCGUUCCCUAAGUCGUGAUCUCACUCGAGGGGUUCAAUUUGAUCUCGUCAAUACUCAGUUAAUGGCACAACUCCUUAAGAACCUUCACGCCCUUCGAAUUGAGUUUCACCCCCUUCAACGAACAGAGCAUUACGGAUUAUGUUAUUUUCUUCAAUAUUGUCCUCAUCUUAAAGAACUUUAUCUUAACCAUUGUCAUGAUACCUUUGAUGACUUUUAUUCACUUGUCGAAUAUAAACCUACCCUUGAGGCUAUCACGUUAAGUAAUUGCACAAUCAAAGAAGCUACAUUAUCCAAACUUGUUCAUUUGUUUAAACCAUCAUUACAACGGAUUCUAUUGGAAUAUGUCUUGAUUGAGCCUUCUGUCAUGUCCAGUAGAAGACAGCAUGAACAAGGAAUACAACUGGAGAUUGAACACAUAAGCUAUUAUUAUCCUCACCAUUUCUUUAGUUCUAACGUGAAGGAGAUCCCUACAGCUCUUCUAGAGUCAUUAUUAGUGAAUCAUCCCUAUUUAACUCAAUUCGCUUUAACAACGGAUUCUAUCUCUUUCCAAUUUUUGGAACUCAUGGUCCAACAUGCACCUCUUUUAGAAAAGCUAUCUAUUGCUCUUCAUGAGGUAUCUCCUUAUUACGUUGAACGUGCUUUAAGAGCUAUUGGUCAAUUAAACCGUCUAACCACUCUCUCUAUCGUUUUUAAACAAUGUGGAUCGUUAUCCAAAGACUGUAUACAAUUAGCCUGUCAUGCACCAGCAUCUGCUUGGACAUUCUUUGCAAAACAACUUCCAAAGCUUCGAUUAUUUCAUAUUUCCGCACGUCGAUUAAUUGUCACCCGAUACUUUUUACCUACUUUAUUUACAACCUGUACUCUCUUGAAAUAUGUCAUGAUCCAUAACUUGGCUCUUUCUACCGAUGAUGCAAAAGAAGAAGAAGAAGAAGAAGAGAAGAAGAAGAAUGAGAAUGAGAAUGAGAAUGGGAAUAGAUCAUCAAACAAAAUGAUAAUAGAGAAUGAAGGAGAUGAAAUAGCCAAGACAGCAGCUGUACGAAGAUAUAUGAAAUAUUGCAAAUCAAUUACAUAUCAAUUAAAUGCAUGGGAUAAAGAAUAUCAAGAGGAUUUAUAUACUUUUGAACGUGCAUUAAGAAGGGGAUUUGAUUAUUUUGAUGACGGUGUGGAUCAUCUUUGUUUCAUCAGAGGCUUUCCGCCUACUUCUUUGAAUAAUUUUUAUUAUGUAUAAAAAAAAAAAAAGAUUCCUAUUCUAUUUCCUUUUGAUCUAUAUUAUAUAGAAAUUUUUU